CGCAUUUGACGCCCAAAUCAACGCGGUCCGGAUUCAAGCCGGAAGAGUGGCGAUAACAGUCGGAGAAGUAUAAAGAUCCCCGAAGCAGCUUUGCUCUAUCGUGGACGGGUAGGGGAAUCAUCUCGACCAGUCUUGGUAUCUCUUGAACAGGGCAUGGCUCAGAGGAAGGUCCUCGUGACCCUCGCCCAGCAAAUCAAGGCGGUUGCGAAGGGGCUCCUUUGCGGCUGGCGAGGCGCUCGCAAUGGCAGUUGUCCUUGCAUACCGAUAUGCCGGUCGAGUGCGCCAAAGCCGUUUCUGAGUCCUGGACAUGCUUGUGGAUGAGAAGAACAGAAUCCGAGUUCCUACCAUUUUCCGCGACCGGAAAUUCUUGAGCAGAAGAUUCGGAAGUCUACCCGGUCUGUCCACCAAUGAUCACAAGUACAUUUGGAGCUUCUUGGCACCCAUGCAUGUACCCCAGUGCCCGCCCCUCUCCCAAAAGCUUCUUCCCUCGUCCGAACUGAUGAACGUGGCGCGUAUCGGGCUCGAAUGGCCGCUGGCCGAACUCAGGAGGUCGCCCAUCUCACUUUUGCGAAUGCAUGAACAGGGAUAAUACAUUUCUGAGGGUCGAGUGAGGGCGGUUGCUGGCCAAUCAUGC